UGCAACACAACCCACAUCCAGUUGACGGAUGAAGAAAUCACGACAAAGUGGCUUCGACUUGCACUCCACCUCUGUCUUCGCGACUUGCUCAUGAAAUGCACGUCGGUCGUGGAUUUACGUUCUGUAGCGUUGCCGAACCAUCGCCGAACCAUCGCCCGGCCGAGCUCCCCAAGCUCAGGCGUCGCUGCUCGUCCACAUCGCGAAGCCACCGCAGUGCCCGCGUCACCAGGUCCAGAGGCUCGUCCCGGCUGCCGAAGCUGCCCCACGUCCCCGCCGUCAUGAGCGCGCCGUAAAGAGAGCCAAACCCCCGCAAAGCAGCCCACCAUGGCGUACGAUUCAUCGGCGGGAUAUGCCGCGCCCGGCGCGAGCAGCUUCCAGGACGGCGAUGCGACGCUUCCCAUGUUCAACAUCGAGCGUGUGUCGCUGCAGUUCUCGGUCGCUUCCGACUUUGUGGCCGCCGCCGUCGCAAACAACGUGCUCGUGCUCGCCCUGUCCACGGGACGCAUCCUGCGCAUCGACCUGGACAGUCCCGCCGACAUCGACGAUAUCGACCUGCCCAAGAAGACGUCCGAGGUCGGCGUCAUCAAGCGCUUGUUCCUCGAUCCGUCGGCGUCCCACCUCGUCAUCACCACCACCCUCGCCGAGAACUUCUACCUCCACACCCAGUCGCGGACGCCCAAGGCCUUGUCCAGGCUCAAAGGCGUCGCAAUCGAAAGCAUAGCAUGGAACCCCUCCCAGCCCACCGCCUCGACGCGCGAGGUUCUCGUUGGUGCGUCCGACGGAAACGUAUAUGAAGUCUACAUCGAGCCGUCGUCCGAGUUCUAUCGCCGGGAAGAGCGCUAUCUUAAGGGCGUGUACAAGACCAACGAUGGGCCCAUCACAGGCCUGUGGACCGACAUCGUGCCCGGGAGGAACGACUUGCGACGCGUCAUCAUCGCAACCCCCUCCACGUUUCUGCAUUUCGCCGGCAAGGUGGGGCGCCACGGCCACGAAGGGAGCGGCUCCAUCUUCUCCAAGCUCUUCGAAACCGAAUCGGCAACGGUGCACGAGAUCGCCAACGUCGCCUCCACCGCCACCUCGCUCCUCGCCGUGUCGCCUGAGAUCGAAGACAUACCCUCGUCCGAUCAUGCAAACACCGAGAGGAUAUUUGGGUGGCUGACUUCGCAGGGUGUGCUCCAUGGCAAAUUGCACUUGGCCUCGGACACUUCUGAGCUGGGCGGGAAAGUGCUUGGCGAGUCGAAGAUGCUGCCUAGAUCACAGAUACCGCCCUCACAAAGCGCCAGCGGGCGCAACAGGCGGACGCAAGAGUCUGUCACUUCCAUGAUCCUCAGUCAGUGGCACAUACUGCAACUGAUUGAUGGCAGGAUAGUGGCCACAAACCGAUUGGACGACACCAUCGUGCUCGACCAAGUAGUAUUGGAGCCCGGCCAGACUGCGGUAGCCCUGGUAGCAGAUAUCAAGAAGAACACUUACUGGCUCUUUACGAAUCAGGACAUCUUUGAGGUUGUCAUCACAGAAGAGAGCCGAGACGUCUGGAAGAUCAUGCUCAAGGCGCAGCAAUUCGAUGCCGCAUCGCAAUACGCAAAGACAGCGGCGCAAAAGGAUGCCGUAGCAACAGCAUCAGGCGAUUACCUGGUUGGAAAAGGACAAUACUCGGAAGCCGCAGCCGUCUAUGGCCGAAGCACCAAGCCUUUCGAACAGGUGGCACUGACAUUCAUCGACAAGGGUGAGCAGGAUGCUUUACGCAAGUACUUGCUCACCAAACUUUCCACCUUGAAGAAGUCGUCUACCAUGCAGCGAAUCAUGGUCGCCACGUGGCUCACUGAACUCUACAUGGCUAAGCUCAACACCCUGGACGAUACCAUCACCACCAAGGCAGAGCUUUCCGAGAGCAUGAACACCGCUGAGACCCAGGAUCAGUUGUCAGUCGUUCGGAAAGAAUACCAAGAGUUCGUAACCAAGUACAAGUCUGAUCUAGAUCGAAAGACAGUCUACGAAAUCAUCAGUAGUCACGGAAGAGAAGAGGAGCUGUUGUACUUCGCUACAGUGGUCAAUGACUACAACUAUGUCCUCGCCUACUGGGUCCAACGGGAACGGUGGCGCGAGACUUUGGAUGUGCUCAAAAAGCAAACCGAUCCCGACGUCUUCUACAAGUACAGCAGUGUACUUAUGGCGCAGGUUGCAGUGGAUCUCGUCGAGAUUAUGAUGCGACAAACGAAUUUGAAUGCCCGCAAGCUCAUACCCGCCUUCCUUAACUACAACAAUAUUACCAAGGUCCCGCUAAACCAGAAUCAAGCGGUGCGAUACCUGCUGUUUGAGAUCAACCAGCAUCAAUCGACAGAUGCAGCCGUCCACAAUACGCUGAUUUCCAUUUAUGCCUCGCAUUUCACAAGCGAUGAGUCGGCGCUACUUGCGUAUCUCGAAGGGCAAUCGAUGGCCCAUGAGCAGAACUACGACGCUGACUUCGCCCUUCGUCUCUGUAUACAGCACAACCGCGUACAGUCUUGCGUUCACAUCUACAGCUCCAUGGGACAGUAUGUGCAAGCUGUCGACUUAGCACUCAAAUACGACGAGAUCGAUCUUGCUAGUAACGUUGCGGACCGCUCCAACACCGAGCCCGCUUUGCGCAAAAAACUAUGGUUGGCGAUCGCCAAGAAGGUUAUUUCGCAGUCAUCAGGAAUCAAGACGGCUAUCGAGUUCCUGCGGAGGGUUGACUUGCUACGGAUAGAAGAUCUCAUUCCGUUUUUCCCGGACUUUGUGAUCAUCGACGACUUCAAAGAGGAGAUCUGCUCUGCGUUGGAAGACUACUCGCGCAAGAUUGACGAGCUCAAGCUGGAAAUGGACGAGUCGGAAGAGACAGCUGCACACAUCAAGACCGACAUUAAAGCCCUCGAACAGCGAUAUGCCAUCGUGGAGCCAGGCGAACGGUGUUACGUCUGCGGCUUGCCCCUCCUGGCGCGCCAGUUCUUUGUGUUUCCCUGCCAGCACGCUUUUCAUAGCGAUUGCCUAGCGAAGAAAGUCGUUGAGCUUGCGGGUAUGGCAAAGGGUAAGCGUCUUGGUGAACUGCAAAUGGAGGUUAGUAAGGGCACAAGCACAGGUGCCAAAAGGGAGAAGGCCAUCAAAGAAUUGGAUGCCUUGGUUGGGUCGUCUUGCGUGCUAUGCAGCGAGCUGGCCGUUAAGCUUGUCGACGAGCCGUUUGUAUCGGCUACGGACGAUAAGAACGAAUGGGCAUUGUAGAACUGGAGAUGUAGGAUGCAGAUACCACAGCUUCCACGCUAUCAUGACUACACAGUACCAAAGGCUCACAGCUUGCUGAUCGCUGCAUUGCACAAGAUUCGGGAGCGUGUUUGCGAGCUGGUCAAUGAGACUAGCAAAACUGGCCAUGCCCCUCUUGUUGUUUAUUGCAACUCGGGUCCGCAACACGUGAUGUGGACAUCAUCGUUCCGCAGCAGCUCAUUCGUGAUUUGUAACCACAGAUGCCCCGUAUCGUCAC